AUGUGCCGUGCGGUCAUCACUGCUCCGAAAAAGAAUGAAACAACAGCGGAUAACAAAAUGUCAUCGACACCAGCUUUACCAGCAACAUUGACGGGCAUCGGAUGGAAGGCACGAGGUGAUCGACGCCCGAAAGAACGACGUGUCCCAUUCAACAGGCCUACACCGAGACAAGUUUUUGAUGCUCUUCCAUUUGUUCGGCGCUACUUUCUCUACUGGGUUCGACAUGUGCACAAGAAAGAGAAGCUCUUCAUCAACACCUUUGAACCACUUCAACACAAACCGUACUAUGGCGUUCCUUGUGGCGGAAUUGGAGCUGGAUCGAUUGGACGAGAUUUUCGAGGCGGUUUCUGCAAGUUUGGACUACGACCCGGUCUCAUUGAGCACAAAAUCGAUGUGAUCCCGGCUGAUCAAUUCAUUCUCUCGAUUCGUGAGCCCGGUUCCACAACACCAAUCUUUCAAAAGGUUCUCUGCGCCGCUACGAUCGAAAGAGCUAACGGACAGUUAACCGCCUGGGAUUUCACCUUCAAGCAAGAGGAUCUUCACUAUAGAGGACUCUACCCUCGUUCGUGGACGGAAUACAAAGUGCCCUCGUGCAAUCUCUCGGUCACAUUGCGACAAGUGAAUCCUGUUUUUCCGAACAACUAUAAGGAAACUUCAUUCCCCACGACCGCAUUUAUUUUCGAUGUUGAUAAUAAGAGUAAUGUUGAAUACGAGGUAUCAAUUGCUUUUGUGUUUCGCAACGGAACGGGUAAAAGAAGAUCGGAUCUUGCUGCCGAUUGCACAGCGGAAAACUUUGAGGAAAAUAAUAUUGCGGGUGUCUCUUUGCAACACAAAAUCGAUAAGAUGAAUUGCACGUACGGGUUGGCAACACGAGUUAAAUCUGAUCAAAUCACUUCAUUGUGUCGUUCCUUUGAUCCUUGUGGAAAUGGGUUGACGUUGUGGCAACAUCUUGCUGAGACUGGGAAUCUGCCUGGUGAAGCCGAUCUUCCGUAUCCGGCUCGUUUGGGUGUUGGCGUUUGUGUGAAAGGGGUCGUGCCACCAAAAAGCACGCGCUCGGAUUGGGCCGAAUUUUCGUUAGCCUGGGACAUGCCAAAGGUGAAAUUCGGUGAUGGAAGACGAGAAUACAAAAGGCGAUACACGCGAUUCUUCGAUUCAUUGGAGGGACUCGCGGCGAAAUUGUGCACAGCAACUCUUCUCGACUAUUCGAAAUGGGAGACGAAGAUCAACGAGUGGCAGGAACCGCUUUUGAGACACUCAUAUUUGCCCGAAUGGUACAAAGCAGCGCUUUUCAACGAGCUCUACUACAUGACCGACGGUGGCUCGAUGUGGUUCGAGUAUGAUGAGAAUUGGAGUCGAGAGGAACCUCAUCUUUCUCCCUACACGCAAGCGUUGAUGAAAAGGCACGGUCGUUUUGGGUAUCUUGAAUCGUGGGAAUAUCGAAUGGUGACCACGUAUGAUGUGCAUUUUUAUGCUUCUUAUGCGAUCGCCUCUCUCUGGCCGGAUUUGGAGUUGACCAUCCAAGCGGAAUUCACUGAUCAAGUCGGACACAGCGCCGAGAAAGAGAUUCGCUUUCACAUGGAAGGAGACAAAGCACCACUCAAAUCGAGAGCUCGCGUACCGCAUGAUUUGGGAAAUCCAGCGCAAGAUCCCUGGUUGUUGACGAACGCUUAUGUGAUGCACGACACUGGAAAAUGGAAAGAUCUCAACUUGAAAUUCGUGCUCACUUCAUGGCGUGACUAUGUGAUUCUGACGGAGAAGAACCGCAAAUUUUUGGAUCAUGUCUACCCGGCUGUUAAGUUGCUGAUCAAUGAUGCGCUCGAUUGUUGGGAUCAAGACCGUGAUGGAAUGAUCGAGAACUUCGGGAAAGCCGAUCAGACGUAUGAUGCAUGGCAGAUGGAGGGCGUCAGUGCUUAUUGUGGAUCGCUUUGGUUGGGCGCUUUGAGGGUGGCAGAGGCGAUGGCUGAAGAAUGUGGCGAUAUUGAAAGCUCGAUUCGAUACCAUCAAACACUCGUGAAAGCUAAGCAGGUGUUUAUCGACAAGCUUUGGAACGGAGCCUAUUUCAACUUUUGCGAGCGCUCGAAGAGUCGUGAUUCGGUGAUGGCCGAUCAAUUGUGCGGGAUAUGGUUUUUGCAAAGUUGCUCACCGGAAAUGGCUGCUGAGUUGGUUCCUACUGAGAAAGUGUCGAAAGCUUUGGCGACGAUCUACGAGUUGAACGUGUGCAAAUUUGGCGAUGGGAAGAUGGGCGCCGUGAAUGGAAUGAGACCCGAUGGGACUUUGGAUCGGGCGUACAUACAGGCCGAUGAAAUGUGGACUGGUGUCACGUAUGCGGUUGCUGCUUUUAUGAUUCAACAGGGAGAACUUCAACGGGGAUUCGACACAGCUUUUGGCAGUUAUGACUCGUGUUUUGAGCGCUUUGGGCUACAAUUUCAAACUCCGGAGGCCAUCUACGAAAAGAAGUAUUAUCGCGCGAUUGGCUACAUGAGACCACUAUCGAUUUGGGCAAUGCAAUGGGCGCUUGAGCGUUUCUACAAGUUGGGCAAAAUCGAUGAGCACACGAGCAUUCAGGGAAUUCAGCGAACAACACUCGCGGUUCCCAGCCCAUGCCCAUCGUCGAACAAUCGUUCACUCGUGGAUAGCCAAUCGGAGGGAUAUUGUAGCGAGGAACGAGACGAAUCAAACCGCGAAUCGAAUCAGGUACUUACCGACUCCGGUCUUUCGACAUCAAGUGGCCGGGCUGAGAUU